AUGAGUCAGACGGCCAAAGCACAAAAGCUGCAUGGCAGGGCUUUCUACGAGAGUAUCGGCAGCCCCAAGCUGAUUCUGGCACCCAUGGUCGAGCAGAGCGAGUUUGCAUGGCGCUUGUUAACGCGCUCAUUCAUGCCGGCCGAGCAGAACAAGCAGCUGCUCGCCUACACUCCCAUGUUCCACGCCCGCCUGUUCCAUGAGAAUCCCAAAUACCGCGAGGCCCACUUCCAGCCGCUCAAGGGCUCUAUGCCAGACACACCCGAUCCCUAUCACCAGUCUCAAUUCGGCCACCACGACCACCAUCUCGACGGCAACCACGAAACCGACCGUCCCCUGUUCGUCCAGUUUUGCGCCAACGACCCCAACGACCUGCUCGCUGCUGCCCGCCAUGUACAGCCCUUUUGCGAUGCCGUUGACCUUAAUCUCGGCUGUCCCCAAGGCAUCGCACGCAAGGGUCAUUACGGUUCUUUCCUGCAGGAAGAUUGGGACCUGAUUUACAAGCUUAUCAACAACCUACACACCAAUCUCGACAUUCCGGUCACGGCAAAGAUGCGCAUCCUUGAUACGCGCGAAAAGACGCUCGAUUAUGCGAAAAUGAUUCUGUCGGCCGGCGCCAGCAUCAUCACCGUUCAUGGCCGCCAACGCCACCAGAAGGGUCACAACACGGGUUUGGCUGAUUGGGCUGUCAUUCGCUACCUACGAGAAAACCUCCCCUCAGACACUGUCAUAUUCGCCAACGGCAACAUCUUGCGCCACGACGACAUUCCUGCCUGUCUUGAGGCCACCGGCGCCGAUGGUGUCAUGAGUGCCGAAGGAAAUCUUUACGAUCCCUCCGUCUUUGCUCAACCCCCGCCAGCCGGCCAAGAAGGAAGAGAGUAUUGGAGAGGAAAAGAUGGAAGAGGGGGCUACCGCAUGGACGCCGUGCUGAGGCGAUACAUGGACAUCAUUCACAGAUAUGUGCUUGGCCAGGACCCUCCCGCACGAAAGCCUUUGUUCUUGCCCGGAGACGACGAUGCGCUGCCAAACACAACUGCAGCACAGUUGGCAACCGAACCCAGUUCGGCUCAAAAGCGACCUGCCGAAGACGAGGCCGAGACUACGUCAAGCACAGACGCAGCUCAAGAUAAGAAUGGCCAACCUCCAUCCAAGAAGCAAAAGCAGGGAAAGGGCGAAGUUCGCAAGAAGGCUGAGAAAUGUACAAAUCCCAACCUCACCCCGAUGCAGGCUCACCUCUUCCACAUGCUCCGGCCACUGGUUUCCAAGCACACAAACGUGCGAGAUGCUCUCGCCCGCUGUCGUGCUGGUGAUAUGGCAGCUUACGAGAACGUACUGGCCAUGGUCGAGGCUGCUGUCAAGGAGGGCUUGCUCGAGCAUGAGGCCUCUCCACUUGAGGAGCCUCAAACAGAGCCGCAAACCAGGCCUGAAGUCGACCCGACGAAAGAUGAGAGUUCUUUGGCUACCGUUGCAUGGUGCAAGAGGCCGUGGUUUAUCUGCCAGCCAUAUGUACGACCACUGCCCAAGGAAGCACUCGAGAAGGGCUCUAUGCAAUUGACUAGAAAAGAGAAGGAGAGGUUGGAGCGUGAGAAGGAGGAGAACAAACAAGCGGGCCUGGAACCAGAGGGCAGGGUGGAAGAGCAGGAGAACAAUGGUGAAAAGGUAGAAGUGCCGAAAGAAGGCAUGGUUUGUGGAUAA